CACGCCCACGCAGACACACACACAUACACACAGAUAACACCAAAUCAAAAAGUAAUAUAAGUAUAAAUGCAUAAUAAUAUUAUUUCUAUUUUAUCAAAUAAUAAUAAUAGUGAUAGUAAUCGUGGAACGGCAACAAAUAUUUCUACAAAACCAAAUUAUCCUCGUGGUCGAAUCUCAGAACGUUGUCAAAAUGUCAUCAUGCCACAGCCAUCGGAUAAUCGUUACCAUUCACAUAUUCGACCAAGUAGUCGUUAUUCUCUUGGACUAUUGUCGUCAUCCACUAUCUCAUCGCUUCAUUGUAUUCAUGAGCAAGAGCAUACAUCAUCUGUUGCUGUUGUCAAUGAAAAGAAAAAACCAUUGUCUACUGGUCGGUUAACUUCACAAACAAUUCGUUCUAGUCAACAGAUUGGAUAUUGCUCUUCUACAUCGUCAUUAGUGACAGCGGAGGGGGCAUCAGCAGCAGUAGCGGCAGCAACACGAGGAUCGACAAAAAUUUCACGGCCUCUACCGCCACCAGCACCACAAUCGCUGUCGUCAUCAUCAAUACCAACGACAGUGUUUUGUUCCCCUCCCAAGUUGGUGCGUGUUAUCAACCAGCAUCCCCAUCAUGAUGACCAUGAACUAGAGUCUCCAUUUUUAAAAUUACUUCAUAGAAAGAAGAUACUCCAGCAGUCAUCAUUUCAUGAACAGGAGGAUAGCCUUAUCACUUAUGAAGAUGAGGCUACAACAGACGACGAGGAUGAGGCAGCCGACUCGUGGAUUGAUGAUAUUGAAAAUCAACCAGCAAAUACAAGUCUCGGGAUAAAUACGGCAAUGACGGGUUUAGCGUUAGCUGGUUGUUGUAGUAGUAGCGCGGAGAGUAACAGUCAGAGUAAUAGUAAUAAUUCUAGUCACCAGAAGAAUACUGACGGUAAUAAUGAUAAUGUUAAUGCUGAUAGCACGAAUAAGACAGAUAACUGUUGUGACAAUUGUAGUAGGCCUGUGGUAAUAAUGACAACAUCUCUUCCAUCUGGUACAGAUUCUGCGCCCGUGGCGAUAUCGACUGACGACGCGUCGUCUGGACAACGAAUACCAAAGAAUAAUGUCACUGUCCAGUUAACUGCUAGCUCCAGUGGUAAUUAUUUUGUGUGACUCUAGGCUGUAGACGAGUACAGACAGCGCGUUUCUUGUCUUCUUUUUGUUGUUUUGUUUUUCCCACCUAAAACACGCUUCAGGAAAGACUUGAAUUCGAAGGGUCCAAUUGCAUUUUGUCGAAAGACGUAUCUACCUUCAUUCCAGGCUUUUAUAUUAUUAUUAUUAUAACUAUUAUAAAUACCAUUUUGGUGAACGCGUACCGCAAAAAUAAGGAAUUUAUUAUUACUAUUUUUUCUUGACUUUGAGUAUUUUUUGACGUCAGUUUUUUUUCGGACUAUUAGUAUUAUUAUUAUUACUACUAUUAUAAGUAGUAUUUAUGUGCCUACUUUGUACUACUACUACUACAAUUGCUCAUUGCCAACAAACUGUUGGUCUUGAUCUCAUUUUGUUUUUUGGUAUAUUUUUUUGCCUUUUUAUUUGUAUCACCUCUGUUUUUUAUUUGACGGCUAUUUUGUUGUUGGUAAUUGCUGCAUUUACAAAAAAUAUUUUUUCUAAAAAAAAUUUGUGAACGCUUAGAUCUCGGUGUCAAUCAAUAGCCGCCGCCGUGUUGUAUUCCCCUUCAGGUGUCACAUUCCUAGUUGCCUUUACACACCAGUAUUAUUAUUAUUA